AUGCAAUUAAAUUUAUUGCAUAAUUUACAAUUAGAUAAUAAAUAUUCCGAAAAUGGAACUAGAAAUUCAACCUUUGCAAAAUUUGGCAACUUUACUUCUGACGGAUCCUGCUUUUCUAUUACAUCAAGUGACAAUUCAAUUUCAUUCUAUAAUGUCGACGAAGAUGUAAAAAAUACACAUUCUCAGCUUUAUAAUGGCACUACCGACUUGAUUCCUUCCCAAAUUAACCCAUUUUUAACUCUGAAGGUGAAGGAUGAUAUUAGGGACUUUUGCUGGUUUCCUAAUUUUAACAAAAAUGACCCAGAUUCCUGCUGUUUUUUAAUCGCAUCCCGAAACAAACCUAUUAUUCUCUACGAUUCCUUAACUGGAGCUGAGCACUUUACUUACAAACCUAUAAAUGCAGUUGCUGAGAUCGCAGAAAGUUAUUGCAUCGACUUCCAUCCUCUUGGAAAAUACUUUCUUUGCGGCUCUUUAUCUUGUAUAUACGUUUUUGACAUUCAAUCUCCUGGAGAACACAUCGAGCUGAGAAGACUUUCUACCAGGAAGACUACAGGUCAAAAAGGAAUAAUUUCUACCAUUUCUCACAACAAUUUCGGGUCUGAAAACACUUAUGCUUGUGGCAGUUAUAAUGGUUCUGUUUCAAUAUAUGACCAUAAUAUAUCAAGGACUGUCAGUCUAACAGGCGAUUUUCUGGAUCCUGAGUUUCCUCUCGGUCCAAUUACUCACAUUAAAUGGAUUGAUAACACUAAAAUCAUCAUUGGAUGCAGAAAUGAUUACUAUUUAAGGUUAUAUGAUACUAGGGGUGACCUCAGUUCUCCCUUACAAAGGUUUUAUAGACCAGUUAACAAUAAUCAAAAAGUCAGCUUUGAUUACAAAGAUAACUUACUAGUUUCAGGAACUUGUAAAGGUGAUUUAUUAGUCUACGACUUACAAGGCACUGUUGUUUACUCCGAGAAUUUUUCUGAUUUACCUAUUCCAGUUUGUACUUUCAAUCCUAAAUUUCCUCUUGUUCUUAUCUGUAGUGGAACCAGGAACUUUGAGGAUCACAGUUUAGAUUCUCCAAAGGGACCUUCUGAACCUUCUAUCUCCAUUAAAUCUAUUCCAUUUAAUAGAGUUUAUUCUUGUAAAAUAUAA